AAUGACGCGGCGCCCGCCAGGCCGCAGCCCCGCCGCCAGGCAGUGGGGCCCGCCUCGGCCCGCCUCCGGCCCUCCCCGCCCGGCCUCCCCAGCGCCCCUGUCAGAUUGUGGCGGCGGGCUGCGCGGUGCGCUAGUUCCUUGCAGCCUGGGCGAGGAGACUUGCGCGCGGGCACACCCCCACGUCCCUUAGGCGCCGCUGCCUCCGCUCCACUGGCCUCCGCUCCGCCCAGCCUUCUGCCGCACGCCCGUAGCGACAUGGCACACGCGGCGGUACGCUGCCCCAGCGCUCGGGGCUCCGGGGACGGCGAGAUGGGCAAGCCCAGGAAGGUGGCGCUCAUCACUGGCAUCACGGGCCAGGUAUAGAUGCUGUUGCAUCAGAACAUUUGGUGAAGCACUCAGAUGUGUGCACCUCAGCUCGAAUCCCAGAUGUGAUGGCUGCAGAUCCAAACUGUGACACCAGUGAAGGGCAGUGGCAGCUCUGCAACACUAGCGGCCAUGCUGAUGGUUCAUACUUGGCUGAGUUCCUGCUGGAGAAAGGCUACGAGGUCCAUGGAAUUGUGCGGCGAUCCAGUUCAUUCAAUACAGGUCGAAUUGAACAUCUGUAUAAGAACCCCCAGGCUCAUAUUGAAGGAAACAUGAAGUUGCACUAUGGUGAUCUCACUGACAGUACCUGCCUUGUGAAGAUCAUUAAUGAAGUAAAGCCUACGGAGAUCUACAACCUUGGAGCCCAGAGUCAUGUUAAAAUUUCUUUUGACUUGGCUGAAUAUACUGCAGAUGUUGAUGGAGUUGGCACUUUGCGGCUUCUGGAUGCAGUUAAGACCUGUGGCCUUAUCAACUCUGUGAAGUUCUAUCAAGCCUCAACUAGUGAACUUUAUGGGAAAGUGCAAGAAAUACCCCAGAAGGAGACAACUCCUUUUUAUCCUCGGUCACCGUAUGGGGCAGCAAAACUCUAUGCCUAUUGGAUUGUGGUGAACUUCCGUGAGGCAUAUAAUCUCUUUGCGGUGAAUGGCAUUCUCUUCAAUCACGAGAGUCCUAGAAGAGGAGCUAAUUUUGUUACUAGAAAAAUUAGCCGGUCAGUGGCUAAGAUUUACCUUGGACAACUGGAAUGUUUCAGCCUGGGAAAUCUGGAUGCCAAGCGAGAUUGGGGCCAUGCCAAGGACUAUGUAGAGGCUAUGUGGCUGAUGUUGCAGAAUGAUGAGCCAGAGGAUUUUGUCAUAGCUACUGGGGAAGUCCAUAGCGUUCGGGAAUUUGUAGAGAAAUCAUUUUUGCACAUUGGAAAAACCAUUGUGUGGGAAGGAAAGAAUGAAAAUGAAGUGGGCAGAUGUAAAGAGACCGGAAUAAUUCAUGUGACUGUGGAUCUCAAAUACUACCGACCAACUGAAGUGGACUUUCUGCAAGGAGAUUGCACCAAAGCGAAACAGAAGCUGAGCUGGAAACCCCGGGUCGCUUUUGAUGAGCUGGUGAGGGAGAUGGUGGACGCCGACGUGGAGCUCAUGAGAAACAACCCCAACGCGUGAGCGCGACCGCGGAGCCCCGAGCCGCCCCUGCCGGCCUACGGUCCCUGCUUGGAAUCGGCGGGUGCGGGGCCGCAGGUGUGAUCCUGGGAGGGGCGGGAGAAUCCGGCCCGUUCCAUGCGACCCUCCUUGCCACUGCGCCUAAUUCCCGCCGUUAGGAUGUGGGACGGCUGAGGUUUGUAGCAGCCGGGACGUGGCACUCCGGGGUUCGGCCCAAUUUCCAUUUGUCGAGGCCUCUUCUGAAGGGUUUUGUGAAAUCAACAAGAUGUUUUAAUCACAAGUUCACUAUACUUGAAAUUAUGUCAUUAGACAACUGAAAUUGUGGGGCUUUCAAAUUGUUUUUCUCUUUUAUUAAAAAUGUCCUUUCUAUGAACUAG